AUGUUUAACCGACGUUUGAGGAGUGUAAGCAGACUGACCGCUGUCCUUGGAUUUGUAACGGUUUUUCUUUCCCUUAAAUACCUACUAUUUCCAGACAAUGGGGACAAUGAAUACAUCGUUGCUACACAGACAGCGCAAUUGGUGCAGUCGUCUGAUAUGGAUGGUUCCAGGAAACUUGAAAAGACAAACUCACACAAGUAUGAGGAUCACGUUAGAAGCUGUCCAGAAUAUGCCAGCUAUGCAGCUGUCCCUCAUUUCAAGUUAGAUGAUGAUCUGAAUACCGCAUUACCUUUCCAAAGACCUCCAAGCAACUGUCGUACUUUCCGCUCCAAAUUAGUAGAUGCAUUUAUCGAACAGAUGAAACUGAAAUUGAAAGACCAAAACUUGGCUAGACUCUUUGAGAAUACUUUCCCCAAUACCUUAGAUACAACUAUAUUAUACCAUGUCACAGGAGAGCAAAAUAAGAGACUACAAAAUCAUGGCCUUAUGGAAUAUAAAUAUAGGAACGAGCAUCCAGAAACCUUCAUUGUCACUGGUGAUAUCCAUGCUGAAUGGUUGAGGGAUUCUGCUUGGCAACUAUCUGUAUACCAGCCAUUCAUCAAAUACGACGAAUCUCUUCGAGAACUAAUAAGAGGAGCAAUCAACACCCAAUCGCAGCUGAUUCUUUCUAAUGCAUACUGCAAUGCCUUCCAUCCACCUCAUUAUACUAGGAUCAGAAGGGCACAGGGGCACAUUGAUGACGUUUUUCCUCGUCCAAACUGGAGGCAAGUAUUCGAGUGCAAAUACGAGAUUGAUUCUUUGGCAUCGUUCUUCACUUUAUCCAGACAAUACUAUGAGAAUAGCCCCAAAGAGAAGAGACUUGAUUUCAUCACAGACGAUUGGCUUUUCGCAGUGACACAGGUCUUGACUGUCCUGGGAAGAGAGUCUGUUUCAACUUUCGACGAGUCAGGUAACAUCAAUAAGUUUUAUUAUACUUUCAAGAGGAAUACAAAUGUCGCUUCAGAAACACUACCACUUGCAGGAACCGGAAACCCGGUGAACAUGAAUACUGGAUUAGUAAGGUCUGCAUUUAGACCAAGCGACGACUCGACUAUCUUUCAAUUUUUCAUCCCAGGAAAUGCCCACAUGGCCGCAGAACUUGAACAUAUAAUCUCAAUACUGAAGGAAUAUUCCGAAAUAGCUGAUGAACGCGAGAUCACUGUGCUCUUACCUAAAAUAAUAAAGGGAUGCGAGAAGUUUGUGACUUCCAUUCGUAAAGGUAUCCAGGAACACGCCAUUGUAGAUCAUGCAACUUUCGGCAAGGUUUAUGCAUACGAAGUCGAUGGCUAUGGUGGACAUGUGUUGAUGGAUGAUGCAAAUAUCCCUUCCCUACUCUCACUACCAGAUUUGGGCUUUGUUUCGGCUGACGACCCAGUGUAUCAGAACACAAGAAAGAUGAUUUUAUCGCCAGAAGGGAAUCCCUAUUUCAUCAAAGGGAAAUAUUUCCAAGGUAUAGGAGGACCACAUGUGGGACUACACAAUCCAUGGCCACUAUCCCUAAUUGUCAAAAUUAGAAGCUCUAAUGACGAAACAGAAAUCAUGGAAGCCUUGAAACUGCUCAUGGAAACAUCGACCGAAUUAGGUUUAAUUCACGAAACUGUCAAUGGCUUUGUCCCUGGUGGACAUGUCUACACAAGAUCGUGGUUCGCCUGGGCAAACUCAGAGUUUGCGAAGACGAUACUCCAUAUAGCAGAAACAAAACCAUGGCUCAUACUAAAGGACUACAGACAAGGAGAUAAAUUCAGUCUUCAAGAAUUCAUUAAAUCUCUGUCCUCAUCCACCCUAUAG